AUGGGAAACUUCCACGAGAGCUCCGAGAACAUCUGGCUUGAGGACGGCCACAUCCUCCAUGCCGAGUGCGGUAACGGUGAGGGUGAGAACGUCGAGUCUACUCUUGACCUUGACUACUACAUCGGUAACGACGACGGCGCUUUCCAGUGGGGCGGCGAGAGCUUCUCCGGCUCUGCUUCCGACAUCACCCUUGAAAUUGAGGGCGACGGUCAACCUAUCCUCCGCGCCCAGUUGAACCCCGUGGACGGUGAUCCUGUCUCGGCCGACAUCAACCUUGCCGAGCGUAUUGGCAAUGACUGCGGCACUCUCAUCUUCCUUGCUUAA